AUGUCAGAGGAAAGUAUUUCUUUGAGGCUGCUAAAAACAGCAAUAGUGAAGCACAGCACUCCAAAAGAAGGGUCAAUUUGCUCUAACAACAUGCUUUCACUUUCAAAUUCAUUGUCAUCUCUACCUCCCUUGCCAAAUAAAUUAAUUCAAGUAAGUUUAUCAAUUGAAGAUGGUCUUGAAGGAUUCAGUUUACAGUAUUCGAAGAGGGCUUGUGAAAUGAUGACUACCUAUAAUGGAGAGCUAAGCAACAGCUCCCAGAUUAUGUUUCCAAGAAGGCUUUCAACUAUAACAGGUUCAGAGGAAUCUACAGUAACGUUUCAACAAAUAAGUCCCUUACCAAUGAUGUCAAGGAAAAGAUCCAGUAAUUGCAGUGAUGCGCAGUCCAAUGAAGGCUUGGUUGCCUCAACAAAACUAGCAAAAAGUGGGCAAGAAGCAACUAUCUUUAAAGAAUCAGGAACAAAAAGAAGAAAGAAAAGAAAUAUGAAAAAAGUGCUUGUGGAAGAAAGAAUUAGACAAUGGGAAUUACGUCAGCUUAAAAACAUUGAAGAAGCAACUACUCACGAACUAACAAUUGAGUACAUUUGA